AUGGCGGCCGCGGCGUCGCGCCGGAGGGGAAUGGCCACCUCGGCGGUGCUUGUUCGCAGGGCCAGUACUCUGGUCGACAUCCAGCUCUGGCGCCGGGCUGCUGCCAUGGUUUCGGCCUGUUUGCCUGUGGCCCACUCGGGUGACGCGAUCGACCUGAUGACACAGGCGCGGAUGCGGCGCUGGCGGGAGCUGGGGCGAUGGGCCGUCGACGACGGCGACGCGGCGGAUGACGACGCGGCGCCCGCGGUCCGCCUGGAGAGCCCCGGGUGCGUGGGGCCCGCGGCGGACGGCGAGCGCGCGGGCGACGCUGGUGUGGCGACAGCGCGUGGGGGGUGCGCAGGGGAAGCUGGAGGCGCCGGGCCGGCCCUGGACGCUGCUGCUGUCCCCGCCGCGCGCCCCGGGCUCAUGGUCGCGGCCCUGCGGCAGGGGUUCGGCCACGGGGGGCUCGGUGGAGAGGCUGGUGGCGUUGUGCUGGCCCCAGGCGCCGCUGCUGCCCCCGCCGCGCGCCUGGGGGCCCGGGUGGCUGCCUUGCGGCUGGUGCGUGGCCGUGGGCCACGGCGCUAG